AUGGGCAAUGGAAUGAACAAGGUCGUCGACGGUCUUUACCUUGGGAAUAUAAGAGAUGCCGAAAACCGACAAAGCUUGUCAGAGAAUGGCAUCACCCACAUCCUGUCUGUGUAUAACAAUGCCAGACCCGUAUUUGAGGACAAGACCUACCUUUGUAUUCAUGCAGCUGACGCCUCCACCCAGAACCUGUUGCAGCAUUUUAAAGAAUGCAUCCGCUUCAUCCACGAGUGUCGCCUGAAUGGUGGCGCGUGUCUUGUUCACUGCCUUGCAGGUGUGUCUCGCAGCACAACUAUGGUAGUGGCCUACCUGAUGACCGUCACCCACUACAGUUGGGAAGAGUGUCUCACAGCAGUCAAAGCCGUCCGCUCCUUUGUCGGACCCAACUGUGGAUUCCAAGAGCAGCUGCAGGAGUACCAGACAACACAAGUUUCAGAGUACCGAGAGUGGCUGGAGUCCAGUUUCCAAGCUAAUCCGUUUAAGGACCAUGAGCGCGUAGGCGCCCUAUUGAUCCAGUUCACGAAGCAACAGGAGCAUCAGAGAGAAGCGGGAGACCACCGUUGGAUAAAACGGGAUGCGGACGUGUGCUCACUGCCAUCUGACCCUGAUGGCAGUAGCUGA